CACCCACCCCCAUGGGCGCCACCGAGGCAGGGGCGCGGGCCACGUUCGGAGCCUGGGACUACGGGGUCUUCGCCCUCAUGCUGCUGGUGUCCACGGGCAUCGGGCUGUGGGUGGGGCUGGCGCGGGGCGGGCAGCGCAGCGCCGAGGACUUCUUCACGGGGGGCCGGCGCCUGGCGGCGCUGCCCGUCGGCCUCUCGCUGUCCGCCAGCUUCAUGUCGGCCGUGCAGGUGCUGGGCGUGCCGGCCGAGGCCUACCGCUACGGCCUCAAGUUCCUCUGGAUGUGCCUGGGCCAGCUGCUCAACUCCCUGCUCACCGCCGCCUUCUUCCUGCCCGUCUUCUACCGCCUGGGCCUCACCAGCACCUACCAGUACCUGGAGCUGCGCUUCAGCCGCGCCGUGCGGCUCUGCGGGACCCUGCAGUACCUGGUGGCCACAAUGCUGUACACCGGCAUCGUGAUCUACGCCCCCGCGCUCAUCCUGAACCAAGUGACCGGGCUGGACAUCUGGGCGUCGCUCCUUUCCACCGGAGCCAUCUGCACCUUCUACACGACUGUGGGCGGCAUGAAGGCUGUCAUCUGGACUGACGUGUUCCAGGUCGUGGUGAUGCUGGCUGGCUUCUGGGUUGUCCUGGCCCAGGGGACCAUGCUCGUGGGCGGGCCUAGGCACAUGCUCAGGCUGGCCCAGAACCACUCCCGGAUCAAUCUGAUGGACUUUGACCUGGACCCUCGGAGUCGUUACACAUUCUGGACUUUUGUGGUGGGCGGCACAUUGGUGUGGCUCUCGAUGUAUGGUGUGAACCAGGCACAGGUGCAGCGCUAUGUGGCCUGCUGCACAGAGAAGCAGGCCAAGCUGGCUCUGCUCAUCAACCAGCUGGGCCUGUUCCUGAUCGUGUCCAGCGCCGCUGGCUGUGGUAUCGUCAUGUUCACCUUCUACCUCGACUGCGACCCUCUGCUCACAGGGCGGAUCUCCGCCCCGGACCAGUACAUGCCCCUGCUGGUGCUGGACAUCUUUGAGGACCUGCCCGGAGUCCCAGGCCUCUUUCUGGCCUGUGCCUAUAGCGGCACCCUCAGCACCGCAUCCACCAGCAUCAACGCCAUGGCUGCCGUCACUGUGGAGGACCUCAUCAAACCUCGGCUGCCGAGCCUGGCGCCCCGGAGACUCGUAGUCAUCUCCAAGGGGCUCUCGCUCAUCUACGGCUCCGCCUGCCUCACCGUGGCGGCCCUGUCCUCGCUGCUGGGGGGCGGCGUCCUCCAGGGCUCCUUCACCGUCAUGGGAGUCAUCAGCGGCCCCCUCCUGGGCACCUUCAUCCUGGGCAUGUUCCUCCCCGCCUGCAGCACGCGGGGCGUCCUCUGCGGGCUGGCCGCCGGCCUGGCGCUCUCGCUGUGGGUGGCCGUGGGAGCCGCUCUGUACCCGCCCAGCGCGCAGUCCAUGGGGGUCCUGACGUCGUCGGCCGCCGGCUGCGCCCAGCCCUCGGCCAACGCCUCCGGCCUCCCGGGCCCGCUCCUCGCCGCCAACGCCUCAGGCGGGGCCCCCAGCCUCGGAAUGGACCCUGAUCGACCGGCCUUAGCUGACAGUUUCUACGCCAUUUCCUAUCUUUAUUAUGGCGCCCUGGGCACACUGAGCACCGUGCUAUGUGGAGCCCUCGUCAGCUGCCUGACGGGCCCCAGCAAGCGCAGUGCCCUGGCUCCCGGGCUGCUGUGGUGGGACCUCGCAUGGCAGACGGCGUCAGUGGCCCCCAAGGAAGAAGUAGCCACCCUGGAUGACAGCCUAGUGAAGGGUGCUGAGGAACUGCCCCCUGGAGCCAAGAGGCCUCCAGACUUCCUGCCCACCGACGAGGACCAUCUGCUCUUCCUAGGGCAGAAAGAGGUGGAUGGAGCUGGCUCCUGGACCCCCGGCAGUGGGCGUGACAGGGGUUGUGACCUGCGAGAGACAGACCUCUGAGCCAGCGGGAGACCGGCUGCCUGGGGUGGAGCCUCAGGGCGGCCCAAUCCCGGGCCACGGCCAGCAGGCUCGGCUCCGAUUGGCUGGACUGUGACGUGUGCACAUGAGCUGGGGACUGCAUGUCCGCCUCGUGGGGAGAGGCAGACCCCACCUCC